AUGACCGAACAACAGCUGAUGGAGGAUGAGAAUUUUAGCGUAGAUGAAGAAAUGAAUGAGUUUGAUGACAAUGAAGAAGCCCCUAUCGAUAACGCUUCCUUAUUCCCAGAGUCUGGUGUCAAAAACGAUGAAGAGCCGAGAUUGGAAAACGGAGCAGGAAACCUAUUUGAAAUACCCGAAUUUACACGAAAGGACAAAACGCUAAAUGAAAUACUCGAUAUGAUGGAGGACAAUCCGCCAAUCAUCCCAGAUGCGGUAAUCGACUACUAUCUCACCAGGAAUGGGUUUGACUGUGCUGAUGUCCGAGUAAAAAGACUGCUGGCAUUGGCAACUCAAAAAUUUGUCAGCGAUAUUGCCACAGAUGCCUAUGAGUACUCUCGUAUACGCUCUGCGAUUACCGUUCACAACUCGAAUAAUGGACAAGCCCGAGCAAGGCAAUUGAUUUUGGGACAGCAGCAACCGGGGCAACUCACACAACAACAGCAACAGCAAAAUGAAAAGACAAAGGCAAACAAAGUUGUACUUACCGUCAACGACCUGAGUAGUGCUGUCUCCGAAUAUGGUUUGAAUGUCUCAAGACCGGAUUUCUAUCGUUAA